ACCGCUCCCUAGCUGUCCAGCACCGGCGGCUAGACUGCGCAUGCGUUUCAGUAGCGCUAGCAGCGGACCCGGCAGCCAGUUCCUUCCUCGGAAGGAGAAAUUCUUCUGCCAUGGAGUCCUACGAUGUGAUCGCCAACCAGCCUGUUGUGAUCGACAACGGAUCUGGUGUGAUUAAAGCUGGUUUUGCUGGUGAUCAGAUCCCCAAAUACUGCUUUCCAAACUAUGUGGGCAGACCCAAGCACGUUCGUGUCAUGGCAGGAGCCCUCGAAGGCGACAUCUUCAUUGGCCCCAAAGCUGAGGAGCACCGAGGACUGCUCUCCAUCCGGUACCCCAUGGAGCAUGGCAUUGUCAAGGACUGGAAUGACAUGGAGCGCAUCUGGCAAUAUGUCUAUUCUAAGGACCAGCUACAGACUUUCUCAGAGGAGCAUCCUGUGCUCCUGACAGAAGCGCCUUUAAACCCGAGGAAAAACCGGGAACGAGCUGCUGAAGUUUUCUUUGAGACCUUCAAUGUGCCAGCCCUUUUCAUCUCCAUGCAAGCCGUGCUCAGCCUUUAUGCCACAGGCAGGACCACAGGUGUGGUGCUGGACUCUGGAGAUGGUGUCACCCAUGCUGUGCCCAUUUAUGAGGGUUUUGCCAUGCCCCACUCAAUCAUGCGUAUCGACAUCGCUGGCCGAGACGUCUCUCGCUUCCUUCGUCUCUACCUGCGUAAGGAGGGCUAUGAUUUCCACUCCUCCUCCGAGUUUGAGAUUGUCAAGGCCAUAAAAGAAAGAGCCUGCUACCUAUCCAUAAAUCCCCAGAAGGAUGAGACACUAGAGACGGAGAAGGCCCAGUACUACCUGCCUGACGGCAGCACCAUUGAGAUUGGUCCUUCCCGAUUCCGGGCACCUGAGCUGCUGUUCAGGCCAGACCUGAUUGGCGAGGAGAGUGAGGGCAUCCAUGAGGUGCUGGUGUUUGCCAUCCAGAAGUCUGACAUGGACCUGCGGCGCACACUUUUCUCUAACAUUGUCCUCUCGGGAGGCUCCACCCUGUUCAAAGGAUUUGGUGACAGGCUACUGAGUGAAGUGAAGAAACUGGCUCCGAAAGAUGUGAAGAUCAGGAUAUCUGCACCUCAGGAGAGACUGUAUUCCACAUGGAUUGGGGGCUCUAUCCUCGCCUCCCUGGACACCUUUAAGAAGAUGUGGGUCUCCAAGAAGGAAUACGAGGAAGACGGUGCCCGAUCCAUCCACAGGAAAACCUUCUAAUGUUGGGACAUCAUCUUCACCUCUCUCUGAAGUUAACUCCACUUUAAAACUCGCUUUCUUGAGUCGGA